AUGGGGAAAAUCGAGGUAUUGGAGGACCUCCCGAUCCAUCCUAAGCCUGAAGAGCAAGGAGAACCGAAGGGCAAAUUGUCCCUAGAUGGAAUUAUCGCUACAUUAUCGAAUCAGCCGAGCGCAGAUGAACUUCGCGGAAUAUUGGAGGGUCUGCGAGAUGGCCCAAACCUCUCGUUCAUCAAGGAAGUCCCAAAUUCUUCAAACACAAGAUUGGUUUCUACGCUCCUAUCCCAUACGAUAUCAAAUUUCUGGGAUUUGCUUGCAGAAGAAAAAACAUAUUCGUAUGAGAAGCGGCUAUUUGUCGAAUUCUUCCGAAGUAUCACUGGCCUAGGCGCGAUUGUUGCUUCACUCAAGACGAACUGCGCGAAAGGGAAGAAUGUUUUAUUACAAAUGCACAAAACGAUCCUAGCCCAUUUGAAAGACGAAAGAACUAGGAAAGCCCUUUGGCGGGAAUACGUUCAGCUACUUGGCUCUGGCCGAAUCCCUUCUGCCGUCGCUGAGGCUGAGGACCUUCUACGAGAGGGUGGUCUUGAGAGUCAAGGCAGCUGGCUCGGAGAUGGUCGCGAAUAUUCCCGAUGGUUGUCUCGGAGAAUUGCAACUUUUACUGGGACGGAAAGCAGGGGGGAUGAAUACAUCGCCGCAGGACAGCUUUGGACCAAGGCUCAGUCUCUGGGAUACUCCGAUCUCCUCACUGAUAGUCUUUUCCGCCAUAUCCUAUUCACUAGCGGAAAAGAUGGAUCUUCCGUGGAGGCUUUUGUUCGCGCUCUUCCAAAAGUGGAUCAACGGAAGUUCCUCCAAACCACAGUAACCUGGCUGUCACGUCUAUUCCCCUAUACACUUUCAUCUAAAGAGGAGGAUAUAUUCAGAGCCAUCUCUCUAGCAUCUUCAAUACUCCAAAGGGUCGUACGGGAUGACGACUCGUUAAAAGACCACGUCGUCGAUAUGGUCACCAAAUCUCUCAACUCACGCCAAAUCUUCACGGUUGUCACACUACGGACAUUGCUACUACUCCUAUCCAAAGACAACGAACGAAUGCAAACCCUUCUACAGCAAUCCCAGGAGCAAUUUGGCGACAAGCUAUACAUAAAACACGCGCCUAUUCUCCACCAGGAACAACUGGCACAAGCUGAGCUCAUCUGCGCCGGGUAUAUCCAUCGCUCACAGAAAACGGCACUCUUUGCACUUGGAAGAUCAUCAGCACAUAUCAACGGCAUCUCGAAUCGACUGGCAUCGACUUCUCAAAAAGCAAGAUGGCUGGGGAUGGUGGUUGGCAUGGCAAUUUCCAAGUUGAUUGACAAACCCGAAAAUAAAAUGGAUUUUGAUGAUGAUGAGCUCAAGAGCGCGGAAGCUAAGAAAUAUUACUCUCUCUUGGAAGUGAAGGAUAGCGUGGCUCCUCUCGAGCAGGUUAACGACUACUUGAAACAUUCCAAGCCCGCCAUUGCCCCUUCACCAAGGGCUGCAAAACCCGAAAAGUCGACACAGAAGCCUGUAACGCGAAGACUCGAACCCGGAAGUUCUCCAAAACCACUCCGAGAGCGCCUCAUCGGCGGCUCCAGCCCCCAGCUUAUCAAGCUCUUCGACUCCCCCGACACCCCCCACAUCACUCCCUACGCCAAAGCCGACUCCGACCCCGACGAACCCGAACCCGACCCCACCCUCGUCAACCGCGAGAAGCCCCGCCCGCCCGUCUACAUCCGCAACCUUAUCGCCGGACUCAACGAUAGUGAGAACUACGAUCGACACAAGCUGAUGCUGGAGUCCGCGGAGGGGCUGAUCCGGCGGAAAGCGAACUUUGGAGCGGAAUUGAAAGAUCGGACGGAGGAGUUGUUGAGUGUGUUGAUCGGGAUGCAGGAUCAUUUUGAUCUGGAUAAUUUCAGCGAGUUGCGGCAGAAGGCCGUCGUUGCGAUGACGGUGGCCGAGCCGUCGAGGUCCGCGCAGUGGCUCGCGAGGUCGUUCUUUGAAGGAGAUUACUCGAUCAGUCAGAGGUUGACGAUCCUGAGUGCGAUGGGACUAGGGGCAUUGGAGCUUUCGGGGCUGAAACACGAUGGGUCGACAUCAAAUGCUGGGCCGUCCAGGCAAGCGAAGUUCGCAGAUGACAAAAGUAUUCCGAAGGGAGUCCGUAAAGCCCUUGCUUCGAGUUCCAGGCCACUGAACAUGGCUGUAUCUGCCGUUGAACGGCAGAUAAUAGAGCCAUUCGCGUUGAAGGCGGCGGAUGAGGUGAGCGGUCCGGACUCCCUCAAGGUGCGGACAUUCUCAUCGAAGACCUUGGCAAAGAGGCAGCGGCCGAAACCCAAGGUGAAUGAUUUUGCGAAGGUGGUGGCUGAAGACUUCUUUUUUCCCCUAACUGCACGGUGGUGGGGUCAUAUACAGGCAUUUGGCCAAAAAGACAUCCGAUUCUCCCCUAUGAUCCUCCCGAUCUUCCUCCAGACCCUCGCUCUCAUGGUGGAGGCAGCAGGGCCUUCAAAUGUUUCAUUGCCACAGAUAACCUCGGAGUUAUGGGACAUUCUCCUGUCCCUCCGUGCUUCAGCCAUGAACGAGAUGGUCGUUCUGGAAGCUGUGCUAUUUUCUAUCCUUGUCCUGCUCGAAGCCAACCAGGACCAUCGUCGAUUGGUGUCGUCACACCCGAAGGAGCUCGUGGAGACCUCUCAGUGGGCGAAGGAUAUAUUGGACAAGGUUGAAAAUGGGGAACUGCAAGGGGAGAAAGUUGGGAUGCUUGCAGCCGGGGUAUACGUGAAGGCCCAAGAGAUCGUGAAGGAGUUCCAAACGGAGCUGUUCGGCAAUAUGAUCGACUUUUGA